AUGUAUGUGAAAUGCUUUGAUACAGUAAUGUUUUACUAUGUGAUUUUAGUGAAUGUCACUUUUUGUCAUUUUCAAAUUUCCGCCGGUUCCGUCCCCGUACGUCCUGACAUCGCAGGGGACGGAACCCAGAAGACAGAUGCCGGCAUCUGCCGGAUUACAUUGCUGGGGACACUGCAGGAGGGACAUCGCGGGAGCACAGGACAAGGUAAGAGAAGAACUGAUCCCGGAGCAGCGCCCCAUGGUAAGCCCAAGUGUAGCUCGGGAUUACCGCUUGUGCUACACUCGGGAAUAACGCCAGGGAGCUUA